AGACUCCCACCUCAGCAGAGGGGUAGAGACGCAAGGAGCGAUUCAGUCCGUGCUGGUGGAGCUGAGCGGCAGGGAUUCCUCUCUGGUCCCCGGGAAACCCUGCUUUGAGCGCUGGGUUUGUGCGUCCCAGAGCAGCGCUCCCUCGCUCCUCGCUCCCCGGGGCUGGCUUCGGCUCUCGGUGCAGCCCUGUGGGCCCAGCGCGUGUUGCGGGAGGCCGGGGAUCAGCGGGAGCUGGAGCCGGGCGGGGGGCGGUGGUGGAGCCCCGGGCUGUGCCGUUCCCCCGCGCUGUGCCGUGCCGUGCCCCGGCGCUGUGCUGUGCCGUGCCGUUCCCCCGCGCUGUGCUGUGCCGUGCCGAGCCGUGCCCCGGCGCUGUGCCGUGCCGAGCCGUGCCCCGGCGCGGCGGUGACGGGCUCAGCGCUUCCGCGCCUGCCGCCGCAGCCCUGCCCCCGCCGCCUGCGCGGCCGGCCCGGCCCGGCGGAGAGGCGGGGGGAUUUCCAAGCGCCGGCGGCCUCGCCGCUUCCUCUCCUUGUUUUGCUUUCGAUCUGGCCCUCUCUCCGCCCGGGCGGAGGCACUGAACUUUUAGUUUUGCUCCCGCGAUUAUUCAGCGCCUGUUUUCAUUUCCAUUUCGUGUCCCCUGGCAACGGAGGUAACCUUGUGGAAUUAUAUAAGGGCCGCGAAAACGGGCCGGCAAGAUCAAAGGUGACAAGAAUAGUGGAGCAGAGAAGUUACGAAUGAUGCAGAGAACACAGAUGUGAAGAGCAAAAGAGAGAGGAGCGAGCUGAGCCCAGUGCUGAGGGGGCAAGGAGAAGCAGCAGCCUAAAUCUCCUUCCCAGGUGGGUGACAAUGCCGGUCGAAAGGAUGCGGAUGCGGCCCUGGCUGGAAGAACAAAUCAACUCCAACAGAAUACCGGGGCUGAAAUGGCUAAAUAAGGAAAAGAAGAUUUUUCAGAUUCCCUGGAUGCAUGCUGCAAGACAUGGUUGGGAUGUUGAAAAAGAUGCUCCCUUGUUUAGAAACUGGGCAAUUCACACAGGGAAAUACCAGUCAGGAGUAGAUAAACCUGAUCCAAAGACAUGGAAGGCAAACUUCCGCUGCGCUAUGAACUCCCUGCCUGACAUAGAAGAAGUGAAGGACAAAAGUAUAAAGAAAGGAAACAACGCCUUCAGGGUGUACCGGAUGCUGCCCUUAUCUGAAAGACCUUCCAAAAAAGGAAAAAAGACGAAAUCUGAGAAGGAUGACAAAUGCAAACAGAUUAAGCAAGAGCCAGUUGAAUCAUCUUUUGGGAUGAAUGGGCUAAAUGCUGUCACUUCUGACUAUUUCCUGUCCUCCAGUAUAAAAAAUGAAGUUGACAGUACAGUGAACUUUGUAGUUGUAGGACAGCCACAUCUUGAUGGCAGCAGUGAGGAGCAGGUGAUAGUUGCCAACCCUCCUGAUGUUUGUCAGGUGGUGGAGGUGACAACAGAAAGUGAUGAACAGCCCCUCAGCAUGAGCCAGCUGUACCCUUUACAGAUCUCCCCGGUCUCAUCCUAUGCAGAAAGUGAAACAACUGACAGCGUUCCAAGCGAUGAAGAAAAUGCAGAGGGACGACUUCAUUGGCAGAAAAAAAACAUUGAAGGCAAACAGUAUCUCAGCAAUCUAGGAAUGAGGAACACUUCUCAUAUGCUUCCCAGCAUGGCAACUUUUGUAGCCAACAAGCCUGACCUCCAAGUGACCAUCAAAGAAGAAAGCUGCCCACUGCCUUACAAUAGCUCCUGGCCUCCUUUCCCAGACAUCCCUCUGCCACAAGUCGUGUCCACAGCCUCCACAAGCAGCAGCCAGCCAGACCGUGAGACACGGGCCAGCGUCAUCAAGAAAACAUCAGACAUCACUCAGUCAAGAGUCAAGAGCUGCUAAGCCUUUGACAGUGUGGCUUUUUAGCUUUGUUUUGUUUGGUUUUGUAUUUUACGUUUCUCUAAGAGAGGUUCAUCCCUUGACGCACACAAGACAAACCCUAAGGUAAAGCCUUGGCAAUAGAAAACAUUGCAGUGUCUGACUCCAGUGCCGGAGUGGUUUUAACUCAGGACUCCAGCAGUCAGUGUGUAUACCUGAACCCACCUUUCCAAGGUUGCUACAUAGGAAAAGAACCCAAGAACUUUGGCCCACUCACAGGUUCCAGUGUUUCAUAAGAGGACCAACCGACCACAAGGGAAGUGGUGCUGCUGCGCUUCUUGCUGUCAAGGCUGUGAUGGAACUGAAAGCCUCAGAAUGGGAGAGAAAAUGUGAACUAGCUGGAAUAUUUUUAAAUAAAGAAAAAUUUAUUGUGAAUAUUGUACAUAGUGCAGUACUAGCAAAGUUGCAGUCUGCUUCUGCACCUUAUUAAGAAAGCACUUACAAAAGGCCUUUUAUUACCUUGCUCUACUUAAUGGCACAUUGAAGGUCCCUCUCCACCUGUAUUCUUUUCCAAGGCUAUUCUUGCUAAAGUGUCUUUAAAGAAUAGAGGAAGGGAAAGGAUACUAAAACUUUCCAUGUGGAUUUCAUACGUUCUGAGACUGCUUUCAUCAUGUUUGUUUCUAAUCUGCUAUGCUUGAAUGCCGCGUGGUACAAUAGAAAAAAGAAAAGAAACUUAUUACAGAGAUAUUAUGCAAAUUCCCAGAUUUAAAAAAGAAGAAAAAUACUCUAAUUCUAACCAGAGCAAGCUUUUUUAUUUUUUAUACAGGGGAAUAUUUUAUUCAAAGUAAAAUUCUAAAGUGAAUAUAAUUUUUUUUAAUCUUUUCUACAGCAAAAUUUAUAAUUUUAAGAUUCAGUCCUUGGUUAUCAGCAGUUAUGACAUCCUUGUGGCACAUUUUUUUUUAAUUUUGUAAAGGUGAAAUAGCUUUUAUGAGCUCAUGUAGCAAUCAGAUUAUCCUGUGGAUUGAUAAUAAAUAUGGUAUAUAGUUAAAUUUU